AUGGUGUCACCAGAAGCACCUGAAUAUGAAUGCAUUCUGGUGGCUUGGAAGUGGGGGAAGUUUGCAGUGGUGAAGAAAUGUGUCCAGAAAGAUACAGAAAAAGAGUUUGCAGCAAAAUUUAUGAGAAAAAGAAGAAAAGGCAAAGAUUGUCGGAUGGAAAUAAUACAUGAAAUUGCAGUGCUUGAGUUAGCACAGUGCAACCUCUGGGUCAUUAAUUUACAUGAAGUUUAUGAGACAGCAACUGAGAUGAUCUUAGUUUUGGAAUAUGCUGCUGGUGGUGAAAUCUUUGACCAGUGUGUAGCUGAAAGAGAAGAAGCUUUCAAAGAAAAAGAUGUGAAGCGGCUCAUGAGGCAGAUUUUAGAAGGAGUUUCAUUUUUACACAGAAAUAAUGUGGUUCAUCUUGACCUCAAGCCCCAAAAUAUUCUGCUAACUAGUAAAUCUCCUUUGGGCGACAUUAAGAUCGUUGAUUUUGGCCUUUCCAGAAUAAUGAAGAGUAGUGAAGAAUUAAGAGAAAUUAUGGGAACUCCUGAGUAUGUGGCUCCUGAAAUCCUAAGUUAUGACCCAAUUAGCACAGCAACAGACAUGUGGAGCAUUGGAGUACUGGCAUAUGUUAUGUUAACAGGAAUAUCGCCUUUCUUAGGGGAUGAUAAACAAGAAACAUUCUUAAAUAUAUCUCAGAUGAACGUAAAUUACUCUGAAGAAGAUUUUGAACUCCUCUCAGAGGCUGCUGUGGAUUUCAUCAAAACCCUUCUAGUUAAGAAACCCAAGGAACGGGCAACUGCUGAAGAAUGUCUUCAACACCCUUGGCUAGCACAAAGUGAUAUCCCAGAUCCUGCAUGUAGCAAUAAGAGUAUACCAGCUGAGGCAAACACUGCCACCCAGAAAGAUGAGGAUUCUGCAUCUGAAAAGUCUAUAGAUGCCGAGAAAACUGAAGAGGAGGAAUCGGUAGUGACAGAGGAGCUUAUUGUAGUUGCUUCAUAUACACUGGGACAGUGUAGGCAGUCAGAACAAGAAAAAAUAACUGAUCAGAAAGCCAUUUCCAAACGGUUUAAGUUUGAAGAGCCACUGCUGCAAGAAAUACCAGGAGAAUUCAUUUACUGAACUGUAUGGAACACAGUAGUUAUAACUGGAAGGUAACAGUUUCUACAAGAAAAAGGUUUCUGGCCAAAUGAAUUGCACAGAUAUGCAACAAACCCUCUAGGUGAAGAGGAAAAUGUUGAUAAAAGACAACAGAGAAGAGUGCCGCACUUUUUUUUUUCAAUUUCAUGCAGUAAUUAAACAGUUCGUUUUAGAGGGUUGACAGUUCACCAGCAAUAAUGGCUUCCUUUUUUUUUUUUUGUACUUGACACUUUAUUCUUUCUUAAGAGUGUCUUCAAAUACUACAGAAUGCUACUUAUUCCUUUGUUCUGCAGAAGCUGAGGAGUAUUUUUAAUGACAACAGGAAUUUCUUGAUUUAACUUAGUCAUUUGAUGUAAAUAUACGAAGUGAGAUUCUUCUUUGACACCCUUUAAAUAGUUUCACUGACCCUGGUGAAACUUUCUUCUGUGUAAGUGUCAGAAAAGAAUCAGUCCAGCUGACUUGACACCCAGAUUUCAAAGCCUAACAGUGUGAGCUUUCCUUUGAGCUCAAACCACGUAAAGAAUCGCAAGAUCAUCUGACAUGAACCCCAGUCUAGAUUUUGGUUUAGAUUUUGGUAAAGCCCUUGACAGCACCUAUGCCCCAUGGAGAACAUAAAUAAGAUCAGUUCCAAAACAGCAAGGUGCAAUGCUGAAGGGUGAGAGAUGGUUGCUAAUUAGCUACCCCUGAGGGAGCUGUUCUUCACAGAUGUUAGUCUUUUUUUUUCUUUUACCUUGGUAGAUGCCCUGGUAGAAUCAAACUCUGUAUAUUUAUGUCAAAUGUAAUGACUGGGGAGAAAUGACCCAUAGCCUCAUUCAGCUUCACUUAAGUUAAUGGAGUUUUUCCACUGACUUCAAGAUCAGAUUAUUGGUUCUCAGUUUAAAUUUAACAACCUGGAACUAGGGAUAAGGUUAUAAUGGGAGAGUGAGGUCAUUGUUGUCCUCCCAAUUCUCCAGCUGCUUUUGGCAGGGGAGAGAUGGAUCCCUAGACUCAGUUGCAUGGUCUAGUUCAUCCUACACAGCAGCUGAGGAAGAAUGUCCCUUUCUUUUCCAAGGGAUAAAUGAGGGAUUGCUCUUAUCUAGUUCUUCUCUCAGGCUGGCAAGUGUAUAUGAUUGCGACCUUGAGAAGCUGUAAAAGGAUUAUGCUGGUCAGUGAGAAUGCUCUCCUGUUAGGGUGCUUUAUUGGGACCAGCUAGAUGGCAAAAUUUGAGAGAGAUUUUGUGCGAAGAACUCGCAUUGGGCUCCCUACAUUUCCAACAUGUUCCAAUCCCAGUGCAGUUCCAAAAUUCCAUGUCUAUGUAACUGAAGUUUAAUAUUAUCUUGUGAACUGUUAAUGUUCAGGUAUUUGUUCACUUUCCCUGUGCUGUUCAGAAGUCCUCCAUGAUGAUAAAUCAUAUCUAAAGCUUUUUUGUCAUGAUACAAUUAAUAGAAACUCUGCCUAGUUAGGUUUUUUUUCUUCUUCCAUAUAACCACAACCUCUCAUCUGACAACACAACCCAGAAUGUGUUUACCAUUUAAUUUUUUGGUACUAGCAGGCAGAAGUUCCUGAUACUGAAGUCGAAUCUUGACAUCUGUGUAUCUUAACAGAAGAGGUAAAUUGUAGUUUACUACUAAAAAAAAAAAAAAAAGGUAGAUACGAUUUAAGGAUAUUGGUAUAAUAGGAUUGGUAAUAUGAUUGUAAUGGGAAGAGAAGUAAUAUUACCUGAUUAAAUGGAAUGAAGAGUAUUGUGUCCCAAGAGGAGAGGCUGUGUUUUGUUUUUCUUUAAUGCCCGAGUGCUAGAAUCUGGCUGCCUUGGUUAAAGACACACUAGGAAAUUUACACUUAAAUUUAACCAUGUUAUAUUCUUCACACUUUACUUUCAUCUUUGUUGCAUUACAUGCUGAAUAGUCUUUUGAUUAGAGCAACAUCUCAUUCCAGCAGAACCUUGUACAUAAUAAAGGUAUGACAGUCGUUUACUCAAAAGUGAUCCAAAUUGAAUAAUUCAUAUUAUAACCCAAAGCUGAUUUUCAUUUUUUCUGAAGCAUUUAAAAGUUGUACGCUUAGGCCGUGCUUAAGUUUACUCCUUCUGCAGACUAUAUCCUCUCAAACCUGUGUUAAGCAGUUUCCACGUAAGACUUUGGAUAGCCAUGAUAAACUAUUAAUAACCAAGAUUGUAACAAAGGAAGGUUAGUUGUGUUUCAGUCUGCGUACUAGCUUUGUUUUCAUGGACUGUGGAAAUAACCAGCAGGAGUCUUUGGGUCUCUCACAGUCCUGAUCCCUACCCAGUAUUUAUCAAUUCAGUAAUAGUAGUCCCCUCGCUAUUUCGUCCUUUUGCAGUUUGGUCACUUAACCAGAGCAGCUUCUUUGGUCAUGAUGUAUCAAAUCUCUGUUAAUAUCAGGCAUAAUUGAAAUAGGUAUGCCUGGAGUUUGGGGAGAUUUUUUUUAAAUUAUUUUUUGGGUAAUACAACUAUACUUCCUUGCCAAACAACAAAUAGCAAUAAAAGUGAGAGAUUGGAACUUUGUUUAUACUCUAAAUCUACAAAUGGAAAAUACUGAAAAGAAAACAUUUGAUGCUUGCCAUGUUUGCAUAUCCAAAUGCCUGCUAAUAUUUGGAAUUAUCAAUUCUGUUAUUCUUUUACUCGUUUGCAAGUCCCAUAGGAGACUUGGUUAUGGUGUUUAAGCCAUGACCAACUUGUUAAUAGUGGAUUUUGAGUAGAACAGGUCAAAAAUAGAUGCUGAACAGCAUACAAUUUGUGCUAUACUUUUUAGUUUGUAUUGUAUGAUAGUGAAACUUUAAAGUGUUUAAACUAAACAAAUUAUAAUGUAUGUGGUACAAGGCCAGCUUCCUUUGAGUUGGCUGCUUUGAGACUUCCAAUGUGCUGCAUUUUUGUUAACUUUUUGUGCCUUACGGUGUUUGUACAGUAUUUUUAAAAUCAUUU